CUCUUAUCCCCCGAUUAAAUCGAUCUCUCCCUUCCCCUAUAAAUAUACUACUACGUGUAAAAUAUAAACCCCAAAUAAAAUACGGAAACACAACAUCAGCGCCAAACUGCUUCAACUUCAAGGGUCGGAAAGUUGAGUCGAUUUUACAGUUGAGCAAUGGUGAAGAAAUUGCAAUUGAAAUGGUCGGGUAUCGAAGAACUACCAUCUCCAAUUAUAUCAGAUAUUUUGUCAAGACUCCCAACAAAAGCAUGCUUGAUUUGUAAGCUUGUUUGCAAAGAUUGGAAUUCUAUCAUCAAAGAUCCCCUGUUUCCUGAUUCGCGUCGUUCUCGUGGUUGCUAUUCAACCUUAUUGCUUUGGGGUGAUUUCAAUAAUAAUGGCAGGCGAAGCUUUCUGGUACUUGACAUAGACAAGCGCCUAAAUGUUGAUGAGAUGGGUAAUCUUAAUGUUAGCCCAGAUGAAAUGAUUGGGUACCAGACCAAAUUUAGAGUGAAGAAUGAUUCGUUAAAGAAUCUGGUUAAUGAAUGCAAAGGGGUAAUCUUGUUUGAUUCUUUUAUGGUUCAAGGUCCUUAUGUGGUUUGCAAUCUGCUAACGGGUCAGCAUGUGGUGAUCAAGCAAAGACGUAGACCAGGUUAUGAUUUACAGGUAUCUGGGUUGGGAUAUUGUCCUGUGUCGAACAAAUUCAAAAUACUAAGAAUCCUCAAAGUAAAGGGUGUUUAUGUGGCCGAAAUACAAACUAUAGGCACUGAUAAAUGGAGGCCUGUUGUUGAUGAACUACCAAUUAACUGUUGGGAACCGAUGCAUAAUAUGGUUUUCUUUAACAGCUCGCUUCAUGGAUACUCAUGCAGUACAACCUGUAUAUGGUCAUUCCAUUUUGGGAAAGAAGAGUUUUCGAGCGGAGCAUUGCAUUACCCGAUCAAGUACAACAGUCCAAUUAUCUUCGCUGGUAUUCUUCUGUGAGCAUAUUUAAUUCUGACCUUACUUUCAGUUGUGUGAAUAAACAUGGUAAUGUUUGUGAAAUUUGGGUGAUGAAAGAUUAUGGUGUGAAGGAAUCUUGGGUGAAGCAAUUUGUUUUCCAGAGGUUGGAUCAUUGGAGUUUGUUUAUGCCUGUGUUGCAAUUGGAUGAGAACAAAAUACUGGUUACUUCUAUUUUCGGACGUACUCUUUGGGUUGGUGAUAUUAAAUCUGGAUUAUGUGAUUUGAUCAAGGUCCUUGGAAAGUCUUCCUUCGAGUUAGUGACAUGCAAUUCGAAUUUUUCAAAGUUACAAAAAUUCUCCAGGAAGUGAAGCUUAAGGUCUUAAUAGUUAAUACGUACUUAACAGAUGCUUAUUAGUUAUUAGAAGUAGAUUAUAUUUGUUUACUUGGGUUUUGUGUUUGAACUUUUUAGUAGAACAUUUCCUUAAUUAUGUACUUACUUGGAAUAAUUUCUAAUAGAGGUCGUUUGAUAGUA